UCUCUGCAGGCGUCAUUUGACGACGCGCGAAAUUAGCAUCGGAUUAGCAAAAAGGAAUGUAGAUGUUUUGUCAUCCGCGGAGGUGGACUGAGGCGUGACUGAUUUUGGAGUGACAUCGGCGGGCUUGCUGUGGACUGUGCAUGGUCGCCACCAUUAUGCGGGUCCGAAGCUAACCGCGACCUAGCUAGAUAGCCGCUGGUCACAUGAAUUGAGUUUGAUCGGAGACUCGCUUCUUCUUACGGGGAUGGCCGACAGGGAUUUACCCACGGCGGGGCUUCCCUCGCGGUCCCCCUCCUCCUAUGGGGACCGCGGUUCUUCGGAUGCGAACGGACACCGCCACCGCGACGACAGCCCGGACGAGACCCUCUCGCCCACCUCGGUGAUUUACUUCAAGGAGGCGUUGAGCUCAGUCAACGUGAGGUUCGGGAAGGCUGGCGGCUCCUCCACGUCCCCCACUCCGUCGCCGCACAAGUAUGACUUCCACAUCGAGAGGGUCGACUCGAAGCGGAAAAGGGAGCAAGCACACCGCCUGAUUUUUGCCGAGUCAUCACCAUCACCACCACCGGCUGCCGUCAUGUCGGAUCUGACGCCCCAGAGCGAGACGCCGACGCCCACCACCGACAAGAUCACACAGGCCGCCCGGGAGACCAUCUAUCUGUGCAACUUCCGCGUGUCGGUGGACGGCGAGUGGCUGUGCUUACGAGAGCUCAACGACAUCUCCCUCACGCCGGACCCCGAGCCGGCCCAUGAAGAUCCCAAGGACCCCAUCACCAUCGAGAGGCUCAACCUGAUGAACAUGGCCAAGCUGAGCAUCAAAGGUCUGAUCGAGUCGGCGCUUAACCUGGGACGCACGCUGGACUCGGACUACGCCCCCCUGCAGCAGUUUUUCGUGGUCAUGGAGCACUGCCUCAAGCACGGCUUGAAAACCAAAAAGACCUUCCUGGGCCAGAACAAGUCGUUCUGGGGGGCCUUAGAGCUGGUGGAGAAGCUGACGCCCGAGGCCGGCGAGAUAACUGCCAGCGUCAAAGACCUGCCUGGCCUCAAGACGCCUUUGGGAAGAGGCCGCGCUUGGUUACGACUCGCGUUGAUGCAGAAGAAGCUGUCCGACUACAUGAAGACCAUAAUCAACAGGAAGGACCUACUCAGUGAAUUCUACGAGCCCAACGCUCUGAUGAUGGAGGAGGAGGGAGCCGUCAUCGCCGGACUGCUCGUUGGGCUCAAUGUCAUCGACGCCAACCUGUGCAUGAAAGGAGAAGACCUGGACUCGCAGGUUGGUGUGAUAGAUUUCUCAAUGUACCUAAAAGAUGGCGGCCACAGUAGCAAAAGUGCAGAAGGUGACGGUCAGAUCACCGCCAUACUCGAUCAGAAGAAUUAUGUGGAGGAGCUCAACAGACAUUUGAGCGCCUCAGUAAAUAACCUCCAGGCCAAAGUGGACGCGCUGGAGAAGUCCAACACAAAGCUCACAGAAGAGCUGGCAGUGGCCAACAACAGGAUCAUCACGCUACAGGAAGACGUGGAGCGGGUGAAAGAGGAAAGCUCGUAUCAGAUGGAGUCCAACAGGAAGGCUUUGAGAAGUGACUCAGUGGCAGCAGACGGGCCAGCGCUAGGUGAAACACGCAAGCAGCUCAAGGAGGAGACACUCCUUCGACUGGACGUGGAGAAGGAGCUGGAGGUGCAGAUCGGCAUGAAGCAGGAGAUGGAGCUGUCCAUGAAGAUGCUGGAGAAGGACGUGUGCGAGAAGCAGGACGCGCUGGUCGAACUCCGACAGCAACUGGACGACCUGCGUGUCAUGAACCAGCAGCUCAGCCACAAGUCGCAGAGCGCCGACGCCAGCUCUAAGCAGAAGACCGACGCCAUGGCUCGUCUGGAGGACAAAAUUAGCCAGAUGUCAGGCACCGUCAAACAGAUGGAGAGCAGAUAUAAGCAGGCUGAGCGGGAAAAGGAGGCAGCACUGGAGGCCAACCGCCUCUUCAAGCGUGAGUUUGGGGACAAGAUCGAGAGUCUGGAGGUGGAGCUGGAGCAGCUCCGGAAACACAGGUCCAACCUGGAGGUGGAGCUUAGGAGGGAGCGAGAGCACCACCUAGCCACCACACAGACCGAGGACCUCCCUCAACCUCACUCAGGAUCUGCAGCAAUGAUGAAGGAUGGCCAAGUGACACCAGAGGAAAAAAGCAGCCCAAACUCCAGCUUGUCCCUCUGCCCAUCUGAUGAUGAAGAGGAUGAUUCUUUUGUGGACAUUAGUGGAGCUUCCGUGUGCAGCAUGUGCGAGCAGGAAGACUCCCUCCUCAGAACAAAGAGACAGUGCAAGAACUGCAGCGGCGUGUUCUGCGAGGGCUGCGUGUCCAAUGAGCUGCCGCUACCGUCAUCCAUCUUGCCCGAGGUGGUGUGCACCGCCUGCUACACACUCUUACUUCAGCAGUACGCUUCCACAUCGCCAGCAUAAAAAGACGCUUUCCUACUACAACUGGAACUGCAACAUGCACUUUUUGUUUUACAAACCAAAGGCUCUCAUCAUGGAUGCUUACAGUGAACCCCCCCCCCCCCCCAUUUAUCGUGGGGGAUAUAUUGUGGACCCUCCCUCGACAGGUGAAAAGCCAUGAAAUGGAGAGACCAUAUACAUUUUUCAAAACAAAAAAGAAACCACCAUUGUUUAUUUAAACACCAAAAUAUUCAACCAAACCAUAUUAUUUUGUCUAACAAAAGUCUUAAGGGACAUUUGCUAGAUUUACAGUAAUUGUAAACCAAACAACUGCGACUUCAAAAGACAAAAAGCAGCAACACGUACAAACAAUUGGUCUGUGUCUUCAUUUGUCAUGCUACAUCUCUUCCAGUAGAGCUCAAUGCUGCCAGGCAUGUUGUGGCACAGUAUGGUACUACACUGAAGGCACAUACUGUAACUAAAUGCAGAUUUGCCUGUAUCUUGUAAAAACCCAUUUUAAAAAAGUUCACUUAAAAAUCUGCGUUACAGUGGGGGCCUGAGCAAUGAACCACAAUGUAGCAGAGGUUCACUGUAUCACAAAAAAAUGUUUUGCCUUUUUGUCUUGUCAUGGGGACAUUUCACCUGGUUGUCAAAAUGAAGACUGUUUUAAGGAUAUAAAAGUCAGCCUACAAUCUUUUAACCUCCACUUUUUAGAUAAAUAAAAAAAAGACCAGAUCUGCUUGAAAUAAAGCCAAAUAAUCCACAAA